AUUGACACUUCUUCAUCUACCCUAUUUCUUUUCAGUGUUUACUACUCUAAUUCCACUCAGCUUCAUAUUUAUAAAAAUAAGAAUAAAAAAAUAUAAAAAAAAAAUCUGCUCACUUUCUGAGCAUUAUUUUGACCUGACCUGAGCUAUCCAUUCAGAGUAACAAAAAUGCUACAACAAAUUGUGGAAUCCUUUUUCCAAAAGGUAGGAGAAAAGCUGGUAGACUAUGCACACAGCAAAGUGACUGACAUAACAAAUUUAAAGUUCGAUGUCACAAAUUUGAAGGAAGCCCUCAACUUAUUGUGUGCUACAGCAAUGGAUGUCGAGGACAAAAUCGAAACAGAUGCAUCUGGGAAAAAGAAGAGAAAACGAGAAGUUGAAGAUUGGUUGAGACAAGUGCAGCUAAUUCAAAGUGAUUUUCUUCAACUACAAUCGGGUGGACACAUCACUAGGCUCUUGAGUGGAGGCCGAGUAGCAAAACUGAAUAAGCAAGUGAAUGAACUCGUUGAGCAAAGUAGACAUUUUGGUGAAGUUCUGGUCAAUGAUUAUGAUCGGAGGGGGCAGGCAUUUUUGGCAGCUGAAAUGUUUGGUGAAGCAUUUGAGGAAAAUUUGGACACAAUUUGGGGGUUGUUAGUGGAUGAUAAGGUGGGGAGUAUUGGGAUAUACGGGAUGGGAGGUAUAGGCAAGACGACUUUGAUGAAGCACAUCCACAACCUGCUGCUACAAGAAACUCAAGAUUGUGUGUUUUGGGUUACAGUGUCUCAGGUGUUUAGUGUGAACAAGUUGCAAGACGAGCUAGCUCGUGCUAUGGGUCUCAAGCUGUCUGACAAAGAUGAUACAGACAGAAGAGCAGCCGAAUUGAGCAAAGCGUUCUCCACAAGAGAAAGCAUUGUGCUCAUAUUGGAUGAUGUGUGGGAAAACAUCAAAUUGGAAAAGGUCGGAUAUCCACUUGGUAGGGAAGGUUGUCGAUUGGUUAUAACAACUAGGUCAUUGAAAGUGUGUCAUCAAUUCGGUUGCAAGAAGAUAAACGAGGUGAAAACACUGCAUAAUGAUGAAGCAUGGGACUUAUUCAAAGAGACGCUGGGACACGAGAGCGUACCGUCUGAUGUCGAGGAAAUUGCCAAGUGCAUGGUCAAGAUGUGUGAUGGCUUGCCUCUAGGGAUCAUUACCCUAGCAGGAAGCAUGAGGGGCGAGAUGGCCAUUCAUGUCUGGAGAAAUGCACUGACCGAACUGAAGAAAUCUUUUAUGGGGCAUGAUGACAUGGAAGAUCAAGUUUAUAAAGUGCUCAAAUACAGUUUUGAUCGUUUGUUACCAAAUCAUCAACAAGGAAAGAGGAGAGGCUACACAAACUUACAGCUUUGUUUCCUGUAUUGCGCUUUAUAUCCUGAAGACUGCAAAAUACCAAGAAAUGAGUUAGUCAGAAAAUUCAUUUCGGAGGAUCUGGUUGAUACAAGGAAGAGUAUGAAGGCUCAAUAUGACGAGGGUCACUCCAUGCUGGACAAGUUAGUGAAUACGUGCUUGCUUGAAAGCACUCACAAUCACAAGGAUGGAGAUAGCGUCAGAAUGCAUGAUCUGAUGCGAGCCAUGGCGCUGAAGAUUACUGAAGGCAAAACCGUGGUGAUAGCGGGCCACAGCAGUUUGAAGGAAAUCCCCAAUGAAGAAGAAUGGAGAGAGGAUCUUGAGAACUUGUCCUUGAUUCAGAGUGGCAUAGAGGUAGUUCCAUUUGAAAUGUCUCCAAAAUGUCCUAAGCUGUUGAGAUUGCUUCUUCGUGAGAAUCCAUUUAACUAUCUGCCAGGAUCAUUUUUCUCAAGAAUGCAUGCCCUAUGCACUCUUGAUCUGUCCAGAACUCGCAUAAAAGACUUGCCCGAUUCUUUAUCUGAUCUGAAGAGCCUGAAAGCCUUGCUUCUAGGAGAGUGCCGAGAGCUUGCAGCAGUGCCCAACUUGGGAAAACUGAAAUCACUAAGGGAGCUGGACCUUUCGUAUAGCGGAAUCAGGAAGGUGCCUCAAGGAACAGAAAAGCUCCUCAAUUUGCAGCGCUUGUUAUUAAAUGGAGCAAAUUACAUAAGGAUGCUACCUACAGGAUUGUUGGCCAAUCUCUCAAAUCUCCAACUUCUUCUUCUCCCAUAUCAAGUACAAACACCAGUAGAGGACAUUGAGAGGCUGAAAAGGUUGGAGGAGUUUGCAGGGCCAGUCGAAGAUGCACGUGAUUUUAGUCGUGUCUUUAGAAGUAGAAGUCGGGCUCAUGGUACGUACUACAGCAUUCAAGUGAGAUUGGUUUACGACGGGUUCUCUAGACGCCGUAAUCAAGUGACUUUCUACCUCUGUGACCUUGAGAAAGGAGAUGAGAACCACGACACCAUGUCAGCACAAGACAUCCUUGUAUUCCAUCACUGCGACGGUCUAAGCAACUGUUUAGCUGAUGAUAUCUCACGAUUGGAUGAUCCAAGAUCCCUUAAGUUGUUGGAAGUUUAUAAUUCAAGAGGAAUAGAAUGCAUGUUCACAUAUGCAAAGUCAGUAUCUCAGUUCUCAAGUCUUGAAAAGAUUCUGCUGCAAGAAUUACCCGAUUUUAUGGGUAUGAUCCACAGGCGGGAAGCAGGGCCUUCGGAGGUGUUUGCAUCACCUACAUUUGCACCAGCUGCAUUUUCUUCUCUGAAAUACCUGACAAUUUGCAAGUGUAACAAGAUGAACAAGUUGGGGCUGCCCGCAUCAGAAUUUCCGAAGCUCGAAAGAAUCUGUGUUCGGAACUGUGAUGAGAUACAAGAGAUAAUAGAAACAGCAGAUGGCACCGGAAGAGGAGAAGCAGUAGGACCCUUCGUCUCUCUUCCCAGGUUGAGACAGUUAUACCUGAUACAGUUGCCACGACUGUCAAGCAUCUGCAAAGCAAAAAUGUUAUGUGAUUCAAUCAACAUAAUUCACGUGGAGCAAUGCCAAGCACUAAAGAAACUGCCUUUGAAUUUCCCAGAGAGUGAGAAUCAUACCCUCCAUGAAGGAUCGUAUCAUGGUUCGCCUCCACCAUCUCUAGAAGAAAUCUGGAUACUUGAAGAAGAGAGAGAAUGGUGGGAUUCAUUAGAGUGGGAGCAUCCCAUACAGUCCCAUCUCAUCCAGCCUUUCCUGCGAUUUUGGGACUAAUGGAAGACAAAUAGACAAUGUUAUUUUAACUUCAUUAGGUGCCCUGCAGACAAGUGACAUUUUGUAAUUCAUGUAUAUAUAUUAGCAAGAAACAACAUUGCAAACUCAGCAAUUAAACUUCAUGCAAAUUAGCCUCUCUAUUUCUGUUC